GUGGUCACCGCGACGCGCGGCCCUCUCCGAUGCCGGCAGGGCUUGCCGCGGCAUUUAGGCACCGCAAAGCCGGCAGCGAGCUGCCGUUUUGAGAGUGGUUGACACGUGUAAGUCGUCGCCACUUGUCAUAGAUCGAAUUGCUGCAGCCGACCGCGCUCCGCGGCGACAGGCCAGCAAAUAGAUUAAUUGAGAGCCAAAGCACACAGCCUCAGGAAGCGGAGCCCGGCACACGCCAACGCCGCGAGCAGCAUCUAAAAAGGCACAGCCAAAAGAAAUGGACCCCUUCGGCCGCCCCGACCCCAACGGCGCGGAAGCUCUGCCCGGCGAAAGCACCAGAGAGUACAUCGCGCGCCAAGAAAAAUUAAAGACCGAGGCGAGGGCGCGCAUGCGCGCGAAGUUUGGUGGAGGCGGCCUGGGCGGCGUCGGGAGCGACGGCAGCUACCGGGGCGGUACGACCAUGCAGGGUGUCGGGUCCAAUAGCGACUACGACCCGUCGACGGGCAAGUACCGCGGCCAGAAGACGGGAAUUCAAUCUCUUAGGGAGGGCGAGUUCACGUCCGACAACGUCAAGGAUGCGGCUCUGGAAGCGGCCUCGAAACUCAAGAAAUUCGGCGCGAAGCUCGCCGAGGAAGACACCGUGCGGGACCUGUCCAAAACUGCCAAGUCGACCGCCGCCGGUUUCAUGCGCGCGGCCCAGGGCGGCGAGUUCUUCGAGCCGACGGAGGAGUGGAGGAAGUUGGUGCAUCGGAUGAUCCAUAAAGAUGAUUUACCGGCACCGUCGAUUACUGAUUUACGAACUCUAACAAGAUACAUGGGCGACCGUCGGAAAGCUGCGGAUAUUUUUGACGACAUUCGCAAGGCGCUGAAGCCGACUCCUGCUUAUAGAGCGUUACAGCGAGCGCUGGCUUGCGUCCGCCAUCUCGUGGUGAACGGGCCGGAGCACGUGGUCGAUCGGGCCUGGCAUCUGCGGCGGGAGAUUCAAGAUUUAGAAGGCUAUGACAGUACGAAGGGCUACUUGGGCACGAGGAACGAUGAAGGGCGGUUCGUGCGGGAGAAGGCGAAAGAACUAGCUACGCUCCUAGAUGACUUCGACCAGAUCCGGGAGCUGCGGGCGGAUGCCGCUAGGAACACGUACGAGGGCGACCGGAAACCAGCGUACAACGAGGGCGCUUCCGGUAGGUACGACUCCUACUCGGGUGGUGGUGGCUUCGAGCGCUCGCGGCGGAACUCCUACGACCCCGACCUGCGGGACUCGAGCCCGGUACCCAAGGAGCCGGAGCCGGCGGCGCCCGUCGCCGAUUUAUUGGACCUCAAUCUAGGCGGUGAUGAUGAUGAUUUUGGCGCGUUCGAGACCGCGGGCGCUUCCCAGGCUUCGGCGCCGGCGGACGACGGCUUCGCGGCCUUCCAGGGCGCACCUGCCGCGGAUGAUGAUUUUGCGGGAUUCCAGAGCGCGCCGACGCCCGCGCUGGCGGCGCCGCCGGGAGACGCCCCACCGGCCGCGGCGACCGACGAGUGGGCGGCCUUCGCCGCCGCGCCGCCGCCGCCGCCGCAGCCGGGCUUCGCUUCGUUUGGAGCCGCGCCGUCGCAAAUGAUGUCGGGCGCGUCGCCCGCGGAGCGGUUCAUGGCGGACGGCCAGCUGUUUUCUUCCAUGGGUGCACCUUCACAGAACGGUCCGGGCCUCAUCCCGCCGCCGGCGAACGGGUUUCCCUCGUACCUGCCGUCGCCCUCGGCGCUGAACGCGAACGCGGCGCCGCCGCCGCGGCAGCGCUGGUCUUCUAAUGCGGCGACGGAGAAGGACGCGUUCUCGGACCUGCUUGGGGGCGAGCUUGGGGGGAAGUGAGGCGUGGCUCUUAACAUCUAUGACUGUA